CUGGGUCUGGCUGAGCGCCAUAUUUGAAACAGUUAGAAGAUGACAAAAUGGCGGCGACCCAGAGGCGCAAGACACCCAGAAAAACCGGUGUAUUUUGGAGCAAAGAUCCUGAUGAUUUAGAUGUCGUAAAGAUUCAUGUGCCUGGGGUGAACUUGGAGGCAGACAAAAGCAUCAAAGUACCUAUGGUGAAAAUGCCCUCAAGGCCACAUAACAUUGGUGUCAUAACACUAAACACUCGCAAGCCUUUUAACAGCAUUAACCCCCUAAGAACAGAGGUUGCUGGGAAAGCACCCAAGAGAGGGAAGGAUCCAGACAACAACACUGAUGCCAAACCAACACCAGACCAGAGCACCUCCAAGAACCUGACACUUAAAGAUCUCGGACCUGAGGAUAAGCGGAGGAUUGCCAAUCUGGUAAAAGAGCUCGCUAAAGUCGGCGAGGAGAAGGAGAAGGCGUUUUCCCUGCUCACAGAAGAGAGGACAGCUUUUGAAGAACGGCUCAAUAUCCUUCAAGAAGAGUACGAUAGAGUUAUUGAUGAAAAGCUAUACAUACAAAACAGGUUCCUAGAACUCCAAGGUCUCCUCCAGAAGUACAACACGGGUAACAUAGGGAAUCUAAGACUAUCGCCUCCAAAGUCUUUACCAAGGCCAGGCAGGACCGAGGCACAAAGUCCGCUGAGUCAAGCGGCUGGAAAUUUAAGGGAAUCUCCGGACAAGCCAAAAAGAGCACUAAGCCCGAAAUCGCCCUUGAAGAAACAGCAAAAACUUUCCAGGCAGUCAACUCCACUAACGAGCCAAAAUCACCUGCAAAAUGGCGAUGUAGGUAGCCAGCAGGAUAUCACUAAGGCACCUCAGAGCGACGCCAGAUGUAGAACGCUUAAUAGUAGCCAUGGGUUUAAUGAAAGCUCAAGCCUGACCGUUCCUGAAAACCUCUACCCUAAUGCUGCUCAGUCAUCCCUGCCACACACCACUCGUGGUGCUGUAACUGAGGGACCAUCAGGCGAGCAGAGCCAUAUAGUUCCUGAGAGACGAACAACGCCUGGGAGUCACACAUCGGCUACCACGAUUUAUGGGAAAAUCCCACUUUCCACGCCAGGCGUCCAGGCUAAUCUAGCGCCUGUAGUAGACCUGUCAUCGUUAUGUGGCAAUCCCCCACAUCCUGAUAUCCAGGCAAAUCGUCAAGCCCCAAUUGUCCAGGAAUCUUCUGUACCUGGUAGCUUAAUGCGGCCAGGCACACCGGGCCCUCUCCCACCGCAACAUCUGGAGGGAUCAUUAUUUCCUGGUAAUUUGCUGCCUUUUGGUGCUCCGGGACAGGCCGGCAGCAUGCUUGGUCAGCCAGGUGGUCUGUUUGCUGGCAAUGUGCCAAGUCAACUUCCCAUGGUGGCAAUGGCGAAUAGCAGGGCCCCGUCUGACUCCUCGCAGGUGUUCAUGAGUGAGCUGGACACCGUCUGCCGCCUCUACUACCGCGAGUACGAGCUACAGCUACAGCUACAGCAGCAACAGCUCGAGCUACAGAAGCAACAACUGCAACUACAACAGCAACUCCAACAACUUGAGGUGCUGCAGCAGCAACAGAGACAGACGGCCGGAUCCAUUGAUCAGGCCUCGUCUACCAGGGCGGUGGUGCAGGAGACGCCACAGGCAGCUGCAAGAGAGGUUAGCCCGAGGAUUAGUACUCCGAAAAAGAAGCCUGAACACGCAGAUACGUCAAUUCGCUCAACAAGCUCAACAACGAAUCAGAUAAAAGCUGAUGCAUCCCGUGAAUCACCUGUGGCGUACAAGGAAAAUCAACCAGAGCCUCCAGCCACCAAUCACAAGAGACCUUUUGUGUCACGUGACUUACCUGCGGCCUACAGCAAGCAGCAUUUGCGUGAUGAUGUUCCGGUCGAGAGGAGGGUCACUAGAAAGGUCGUCAGGCGGGGCGGCCCGUCAGACAGGGACUACAUUAAAGAUAACAUAAUACCCCCUAGUGAUAUGUCUGAGACCAGCUACUCUAUCCAGCACCAGAGAGAGCCUGGGUACCAUCCUCACUGGCGGAGAGAAAAUGGUUACGACGCUGACAAUUCGCAGGUCAGCGGCUCGGCUAAAACUUACCACGACACAGGCAUACCGCAAGAUAGCUGGAGAUCAGCGGAAGCCCGCGUUGUUCGUGGGACGGGUGUUAGAGCAUACGAGACGUACGAGAGUGAGAGCGAGACUUGCCCUACUGCUGGUGAGUUUGAGUCCUUCAGGUCGCAGCCAUUCGAUGAGGGCUAUGGGUUGGAGUACAGGGGAAUGCGUGACAGUGGACGCCCCACCCGACGUCACCCAGAUGGCCCUACACCAUACCAUUUUGGAGGCGACGGGCGAGUGCAUGGAAGAAGUGUAGAACACGCUCAGUCUUCAUACACUGGAGGACCCUCUCGUGACUACUCGGGCGCGCGUAACGCACACGCCAGUCACGCACAACAAAGAGAUAUACAUCUUGGUCACGCACCGUCAGGUCACGUACCUCCAGGUCGCGCACAUCCCGACCACGCGCCCCUACGUCACGUACGACCAGGUCACACACGCCCAAAUCAAGCUAAGUCUAGUCACCGCUAUCGGAUUGAUUUGCAUAGUAGUCACCCUUUGUCGCAUCCGGGAGCCCCGAGAAGUGAAUCUAGUUUUUCUUCUCGGAACUACGAAGUUUACGAGUCUGGCAGUGCCCUUCCCUCGUCACGAGAGUAUUCGCUAUACGAGCAGGACAGACAGAAAGGGGUGGCCCACCCAGAGACCAGUAAUCACCAUGGCAACGGGCACGUGCUUGAGCCCUGGGCUGAGCCGCUGGGCAGCUCCGUCAGGUCUGGUUAUUCAAGAUCCUCGCCCUUGAGCUACCCACAAGGGAUAAUCGAUCUCGUGGAAGAGAUGGAAACAUCUGUCAAGAGUGAUAAUCAGCCCCACCCCAGGCCCUCACGGUCACCUAGACCCGAGGCAGGACUGGUUCUGGACUCGACUGACUCGGGUUAUUCACACGUUUCCCAGGAGACAGCGCGCGCUAUGCCGUCUAUCCCAGCUGGGCGAUCCGGCGGGACUUUGUACGGGACCGAGAGUGAGGAGACGCGAGUUCUAGAAGAUAUAUUUUUUAUUCUACAUUAGAACCUUUUAAGACUUGGGGAACUCAUGAAAAUAAUCAAAAUCUAUCAUAAGCCCAAGUGAAAACAGUCUACAAAAUUGCUGAAGUAACUUAGAUAUAUUUUAGAAGGCCACAGAUGGCUUUUUGUCAAAUACCAGUUUACAAUUAAAAAAAAAAUGGAAAAAAAAUGGAAAAGUUAAGUAAAUAGUAUUCAUCGAUUUUAUUAGACUAUUUCUCGCUAAAAGAGCAUGAUGUUAUUAAAAGUUAAGAUAUAA